CUACCAACACCGCAAGAAACAAUCCCAUCACCCACGACCACACAACAACCCAUUAGCUCUUCUAAAUACCCUCGCUGGAUAGCCCCAGCCUCGACCUGUCUAAUGCGCCCAUAACCGCACCAAUCCCCCAGCUCCAGGCCACACACGCGCUUCUCGCGCCGGGCGCGCCCCCAGGCGCCUCACCACCCAGCCAUGCCCGACAUCGAUCCUGCGGCCCUGAGCAGGCCGUCGCUCACAUCCUCCACCCCAAUUCUUCCUCCGAAGAGCCUAAGCAUUGUGCCUCCCUCCGCGCCAAAAAUCUCAAAGUCAAACCAUGUGCCCCCGCGCAUCGAUCUUGAGCCGUUGUACACCGCGCUCAAAGCGGCCGUGGGCGAGAAUUGGGCCACAUACAAAGAGGCUGUCAGCCUCUUCGUGAUGGGGCAAUACAACCAAGCCGAGCUCUCAGCCAAGAUUGACUGGUUCCUUACCGUCCCCGGCACUGACAGCGAGCAUUUGCACAACCAGCUCGUAGCCGCUAUCUAUGGCAACGUCACGCGUGAAAUGCCAGACCUUGGCGUCGCAGCCUGGGUCAGCGCGAACGAUAAACCUACGCCAGGCGCAGGCGCAAAGCCUAUCACAGGGGACGCAGCCGAGCAGCGGCUUAAGGCCGAGGUGAUGAGUCUCCCGAAUCGUGACAGGCGGAGGUUAAAGGAUUUGAAACUUGAAUCGGACGGCCCCGACCCCUACACGACCCUCCUCUCCAAAUCGCGAAACCCACUACCGACACCCUCUGCACCCACGACCCCUUCCACCUCCCUUAGCAAAACAAAUUGGUCUCUCGAAAUCCGCAAACGCUUCCCCCCUCCCCUCGCCGCCGAAUCCGGCGAGUUCCCCGACGCCUCCACCAUUGAGGCUCGGAUGCUCCCUCUCUGCUUCGAAGCCGGGCUCGUGGGCGGCCACGCCGCGGACGCAAGCCCAUUUAUGGCCGUCGCGGCCGAGACAUUCGUUAAGCAGUUCCUGGCCUCGGUGUUUGGACGCACGCGAGCCGAUGGGCCGGGCAGUGGUGGUGGUGGUUGGGUGAGCACAAGGCGGUAUCGGAGGGCGUUGGAGCGCGAGGAGGAACGCUGGGCGAGAGGGGAGGUGGUCAGGGAUAAGAGUGGGCUCUUGCCGGUGGAGGCGAAGGCUGCGAGCGAGAGAGGCGCAUUGGGAAUGGCGGAUUUGAGGGUUGCGUUGGAGAUGGGCGAUUGUGGUGUGGGACAGAUGCCGGUGGUGAUGGAGAUGAUUAGGUAUGGGUUCCAGGAGGGAGAGGUGGAGCGAUGGCAGAGUGGGACGGGGAUUGGAGAAGGGAAGGUGGGUGCGGUUGGAGCAGCCGCCCCAGAUGCAGAUCUUGAGAUGGCGGACGCCGACGCGGAGGACGCACUGAACGGCUGGGGCUGGGAAGGUGCUGGCUCCGACGAUCGCGCUGACCUCAAUUCGCUGCUUGAUUCGUGUCUCGCGAGCGGGUCGUGAGUGAGGAGACGCUUCACAGCGCCACCGGGCGUUUAACACAAUUUCCCUCGCUCUCCUUUCGCGCCUGUAUCUACAGGUCGCUCAGCCACCUGGGAUGCAGACUCAGCGCGCCGCGGACGAUUACAUGGAGUAUAUAUUUGCGGAGGCCCGCGCCGCGCUGGUACCACCCAUCCGCCUGAUCAACACGCAUCAUGCAUAUCCCAGCGUCGUUAUCUGACUGGAGAGUACGGGUGGCUAUACGUGGGAUGGGUUCAGGAGCACAUCGUUACGGCGGAUUCAGGCUGUGAUGCCGGAUCUCAAGAUUAUUAUUCGCCAGUUCUACCGGGUGUUUGUACAAUACAAUGGGACUAUGCACGCGUGCUUGCAGACCAUCACAGAUGGAGGCAUAUUAUACCCUCGCGGCUUGGAAUAUGGGAGUUAGAGCCAGGGCUGGAGUUGGGGUUUUUUUGGGAGAGAACAGCAUCACUUAGCAUAGCGUCGACAUGUCUGUUCGUCCAUGGCACAGAGAGGAGGGUUUGAGAGGGCAAAUAUGUAGAUAGAGGGAUAAUAAUUAAUUAAAGUUGUCCACUUUAAAUGGG